AGGUCACCGCUCGCCGAUUUGUUCACCGUGUCUUCGGCUACUGCUCGCAGAUAGCUCCGCGGCUUGACACGAGCAGCCCGACCGAAGCGAAACUAACCAGCAGCGAUUUGGGGGAAAAAAGGGGGAGUUAAGUGUGUGUGCGUGCGUGCGUGCGUGUAUGUAUGUGUGUGGGUGGGGGUCUAGUUUUAAAAUCCCGAUGGGACACGGAAGCUACACGAUGAACCGCGGCGGAGAUGAUCGCUCCCGAAGCUUCUCCCAAACUCGUCCGUGAUUUGACGCUCCCGUGCGGACUGCUCGGAACCCCUGCGAUGGAUUGAUCGAUUAUCGGGUGUUUUGGAGUCCUUUUUUUCUUUUUUUCACUUCGGAUCUCGGCGCUCCUGCCCCAGCAUGCUGUCACACUGACCGCGGCCAAAGACUGGAUGGCCUCAGUUGAUGAUCCAUGAUGAUUCCUGUUGAUGGGCCGCUCUGAGCUCCAACCACUGUCAUAGACGAAGUAUCUGCUCCAGGACGAGACCAUGGUGAAAGAUCAGCAAAACCAGCAGGCGAUAGGUGGGAAGUCCCACAGGGAAAAGAGAAGUGGAAUGAGAAAAAGCAAAGAGAGAAUGGAGGAGCAGAGAGGAAAGAAGCAGGGGAUGUCACACCGAUUUAGGAAGAAGACAUUGGCGGGGAGCAUGGGAGAUGCACUGGAUUGUUGUGUCCUGCUCACCCGUUUGGAGGAGAAAGGAGUUUUGGGUAAGGACUUGAGGAAAACUUGCAAAGAACCAAGCAGGCAAGUCAAAAAGAAGCAGGACUCCUCUGAAAGCAGGACCAAAUGUCACAAGUUGAAAAAAUCAGCUUCUCAACAAGCACUGGAACCAAAAAGUGGCAAAUCUGAAGCCUUACUCACGUGGCCCCCUCUUGUUACUGAGCCACGCAGGAGGAGAAUGGCCUCUCUUAAUGCAGAGGCCGUCAACAGCUUGCUGCUCUACAGGGCCGAUUCAUUUGCAUCCAAUCCCACUAAGAAAGGGCAGCCUUCAAAUGAAGCUCUGCCUAAAGGUGAGAGGAAAUCUCAUGGAGCCAAAAAGGUUCUCCAGCGAGGGAAAACAGACUUCAAAGAUAGUAAUAAAAAACAGAAGCGGUCCACGGUGGACACUCCGCCAGUCGACUGGUUGAGUCUGUUUGCCCCGACCCCUCGGCGUCAGGCAGGCCUCACCGCUGCGACACUGCUUAAACUCACCAGUUCCCUCUAUGGAAACAAGCGGCAAAAGAAGCAGGAGUCCAAGCCUGUGAGCGAAAGUAAGGCUAAGGAUUCAACUCAGGAUGAGAUUAGCGGUAAGCCUUUAAGUGGAGCAACACCGCAGACCAAAAGAAGAACAAAUCCAAAACACAAUGAGCAGCUAAAGCACAUUAAACAGGGUAAAGAGGAUCCAGUUCAUUCCCAACCAGGCUCUCCUGUCCAGGGAUGUUGUAGUCUCUGUAAAACGGGGGCUUUGGACCCAGAGUGGAAGUCAGGUGGACAAGAGUGUUUAAAGACACGCCACUGUGGCUCCACGCUAGGAUUCUCCUUAAAAACAAUCAAAGAAGAGCAGGAGGUGUCAACCUGCUAUUGCUGUACGCAAGAGAGGUGCGUUGAGUACUGUCACAGACUGGCCCUCUUCCUCAAAGAUAAGACCAUCAAAGAGCCGGACGACCAAGGCUCAGUCUCUGAGGUGUUCCAUCACCAUCACCACCACCACCACCACCAUCAUCACCACCACCACCUCCAGACCAGCCACCCGGCAGCCAUAACCAUCACGCCGCACACGUACACCUGUUUCCCCAGCUACUGCGUUCACUUUCGCCACCCGGACUCCUCGCCAUCGUCCAUGACACCCCUCGCUUUAUGUCCAAAGAGCAGCAAAAGACCCAAACUGCUGCCCAGCUCCGGCACACCCCCCUCAGGGAUAUCUCAUUCAGUCUACUGCUGCACCUCUGUGGAAGCGUGCUAUGAAGAGCCCUGCAGGAUCAAUGGCUAUUCCGCUUACGGCAGUGUCAUUCCGGCCAUUUCCAGAGGAGGUUGCAGCAAAUGCACCCAUGGCAUUAACAGAGAUGCCUACUCAUCAACCCUCAAUGACCAUCACAGCCUGUCCUCCAUCCCCAUCUGUCCCAGCCCAAGAAUCCGCACUGGCUGCCCCAUUCCCACUGUGCCUCCAGCCGGCCAAUCAGUGCCCCCGGUUCAGACUCCGUUGUCCGACCCGAGCCAACCGCAGCAGCCCCCCCUGAAUGUGGCCAGGGAGUGUCCGCAGAGUGCCAAGCCGCCCAGCGGGUCCAGGUCCGGCGCACGCAGCAGCGGCGGCAUCAGCCCGGUUGUGUUCCCACUCCAAAAGGAAAAGAAACAGAAGCUCGGUUCUGCCGGCGCCAGACGACAAGCGGUUGCUAAGCAGCCAAAGAACUGCCGCCAAAAGAGUACCAACGGCUGGCGACCAGUCGGCCUCCCCUUUGAAAAUGACGUUUUCUGUCUGGGAGAGGACACUCUGGUGCCAAGGAAGUGCUUUCAAGGAGUCCAGAGGGACAGAGAGCUGAUUCGGGUCAGGGACACUGUCCUGUUGAAAUCUGGACCAAGGAAAAAGUCCCUGCCUUAUGUGGCUAAGAUCUCAGCUCUGUGGGAGGAGCCUGAGACAGGAGAGUUGAUGAUGAGUUUGUUUUGGUACUACCGUCCAGAACACACACAGGGGGGUCGCAAUCCUAAUGUGCAUUGUCAGAAUGAGAUCUUUGCGUCUCGUCACCAGGAUGUGAACAGUGUUGCCUGUAUUGAAGACAAAUGCUUUGUCCUAACACUGGCACAGUAUUGUCGAUUUUGUGCCUUGGUAAAACGCCGAGGGGAGGGCGUACCCGACAGCGCCGCCUCUCUUCUGGUGCCGCCCAUCGUCGGCCCCGCCACACCCCGCCACCGCUGCGUGCCCGACGACGUCGAUCCGGAGCUGGUGUUUUUCUGUCGGCAUGUCUACGACUUCCGCUACGGACGCCUCCUCAAGAACCUGCAGUAGUGUCCGACAAAGGAAACGACACAUCCAACACGCUACUUACUACCAGAGACGUUACCUAAGGUCACGUCGCUAAUACUUUAAUUAGCGCCCAAGACUAGCUGCCUGCUGAGGUUGAAGGAUUGCAAGAUUAUUUUGUUUUCACACAGACGCACACUUAUGAAGUAAGGUCUGACAUAUUGUAAUGUUGAAUCAUACAUGACUUCCUGGUAACGCUGCUGUGGUACUUUCUCCUGCGGUUCUUAGUAAUACGCCGUUUGACGGGCAAACAGACAGGAGAGUAUAUGAGGAGAACGCAAUAUGUGCUUACUUACUAAAGAUGCAAAAAAUUAAGUGCCCCCUUAAAUUACUUUUUCCCUGUUGUCCACUUAAGAGGACUUGCUGAUGGACAACAUCUGGCAACCAGUAGAUGUACUUUUAUAAAUGACUCGAUCAUUUUCAAUAAAAUAAAUUAAGUUAAUAAGCUAAUAUAAUUUUUUUUUUUUUUUAAUUACCCUGUGGUUGGUCCAGGGUGUGACCCGCCACUCGCUCAGCGUCAGCUCGGAUAGGCUCCAGUUUACUCUAAUAAGGGGGGGGAUCUUAGCAUAUACAACUGCAACAAUAGACUCAAAAUGGUAAAUGGGUGACCUACUUACAGAAGCCACAAAAAAGGCUGUUACUAAAAACAAUGGCUUUUGAAACACAUUUAGUAACGGUAACGAAGAAAAUGUUUUUAGCAGAUGUUUACUUGACAGACCAUUGGAGGUAGAGUCGUCCCUCGCCACAUCAAAUUGUCGGGUUUUUUUUAAGCAUGUUCGACAUUUUUUACCUUAAAUUAGGCAUUUUCAAGCAUAGAAACAGCAAAGUGGAGUAAUAAUAUCAAUACUACAGUAGUAUUGGUCACUAAACUAAUCAGAGCAUGCUGUUCAGUAUGGUGGCUAAUGAUUGGCUCAGCCUCCCCCAGCAUCACUACAGUAUAUUAGAUUAAAGGGUGUUAUUUGGUGUCUAGAGGGCUCUCAUAAUGUUAAAAAACAUACAGUAUUUAAAAGGUCGUAAACAGUUUUUUUAUGCUUUCUACUUUGUGGAAAUGAAUUUGUCGCGGUCAUGUCCGGAACCAAUGAACAGCGAUAAAUGAGAGGCGACUAUACUACAUUUUCCUAGAAGUGACACGUAGCUUCACGUAGUUAGUGACCAGGUAAAAUAUGUUCCCUCCAAAAUCCAACUGAGUUGCUUUGCAAAGUGAAAAACCAAGCAGAGGGACUUAGAAUGCAGACUAUAUCCUACUCUGUGGCGGCGUCAUGGCGGAGUGUAUAUUUGCGUUUUGUCAGUCGCCUGUAUUCUUUCGCUGUGAGUAAGUAGACGAUGUAUUCGCUGGUAGCAUUUAGACGGCGGUGAUGAUGCAUUCCUCCAUCUUUGAAGAGAAGAUAACAUAUUUAUUUCUGUACGAAGAAAAUCUAUAAUUUAUUUUCAAAAGAAAGACUUGUAGACUAGUUAGUCUCUGGUUUUAGCUGCACUGUUUGCAAUAUUGGUGUUUGUGUGACUGAUGAGACCUUGUGGUGAUCUAUUCAAGUCCUCCCGGCAGGUUUCAUCAUAGUUUAAAGUCAUCUGCUUGAUCACAGGAAGUAGUUUGAUUUAUUCUUUUUCUUCACCUUCUCUGCUUUGCCUCCCCAUUUUUUACUACAGACAAUGAUUUGUGCCCUUCAGCUUGCUGCCUUAUAGAACAUUCCCAGACUUUUAUUUGGAAAUAUGUUUGCUUUAUGAGGUUUUAGAUCAUACAAACACACACACACACACACACACACACACACACACACACACACACACACACACACACACACACACACACACACACACACACACACACACACACACACACACACACACACACACACACACACACACACACACACACA